AUGAUAUCAUUUGGUCCCAUCCAUCACGGUAGAGAAGAUCUCAAGCAAGGAGAGCAUUACAAGCUUUUAUGGACAUCAACAUUUGUUGAAGAAUACAGUAAAAAAACCAAUCAAGAUACCAAUCGAGGAGCAAAACUUUUGCACGAAAAGAUUGAAGAUAACAUUGAGGAAUUGAAGAAGUUGUUCACAGAGGAUGCAAUUGGAAGCUACAAUGAUAACAAGGACCUCACUUGGAUGUUGUUUGUUGAUGGAUGCUCUCUGCUUUAUUUCAUGGAAAAUGUCGAUCUUCUGAAUCCGGAAGCACUAAUGCUUAAGCUUGACCAGCAAAUGUAUAUGUUCAGAGAUAUUCAAAUGUUGGAGAACCAACUUCCAAGAAGAUUGCUCCAGAUGUUGUGCAAUGAAAAUGAGGCUAACUUGGAUUGUUUAAUGUUCAAUUGUGUAGGCCUUGGUCGUUUCUGCAAACCAAAUGGAGUGGUAAAAGUCCCAGAUGAACUUCCUGAACCACUUCAUAUACUCGAUUUGGUGCGAUCAGUACAUAUGACAUCCCCCAAAAUCAAGAAUUUCGGUACUGCAAAGGUGAAUGAUGUGGAGGAUGGAGAGAAUGUCAUCAAUCAACAAGGUGGUAAAGAACAAAACCAAUUGGAUUCCUCUACAGAGAUGAUCAUUGUUUGGCAAACUUAUAAGAACAUAAAAGAUCUUAAAACAGCUGGUAUUCGUGUGAUAGCUAAUGAGCAAGAUAAAAUUCGUUGGAAUAACAUCUCUUUCACUUCUAAAUGGUUUAGUGGAGAAUUGAGUCUUCCUGUUUUUCUGUUCGAUGAUGGUACCCCUUAUCUUUUUAGGAACUUGAUAGCACAUGAGAUGUGUCCUGAUUUUCAUAACAACUUUGAAUUUUGUUCAUUCCUUUCCUUUAUGGAUUCCUUGGUUGACACUGCUGAAGACGUGAAGGAACUAAGAUCAGCUGGUAUAAUCCAAAACUUACUCGGAAGCGACCAAGAACUGGCACAACUCUUUAAUGAAUUGGGGUAUGAUUUACCAACUAAACAGUACUGUAAUUUCUGGUGCAGUCCGAAAGUUGGUUAUAGCAGUAAGUAUAUUGUCAUAAGGAAACAAAUUGAAGAGCAUUGCAGCAAUAAAUGGAAGACAUGGUUGGCUGAAGGAUACAAUACUCAUUUCAAUACUCCUUGGACUAUGAUUGCAUUUAUGGCUGCAUUUUUAGCAUGUCUUCAAUGGCCGAAGAAGAGAGAAAUCUCUGCAAGAAGGCCAAGAAUAUUAGAGUUGGAUGGUCAGACUACUAUAUCUGUGCAAUCAGCAGCACUGAUGAAUAAAGUUAAGAGUAUAAAAGAUGAUAAAAAUCAGUCCAAAGCCAAUUUUGCCCAACUCACCGCCCUUGUAGUUGAACCUUGUUCG